AUGACUUCCCGCGAAGAACAGAUUCUCAAACCACGCGAUCCCUCCCUCGACGUUGACGAGAACGAAUGGGAGGAAUUCAGCCUGACCGAUGUCAAGAUCCUGCUUCCGGGCAAGUCGCGCUAUGCCAAUCUGCUGGCGACCACGCCAGAGAACCCUGUGAGGGUCAUUGGCUGCUUGGACGAGCUCGAGGAGGAGCAGGCCCAUCUAGUGCUCGACGAAGACUACCCCUCGAAACGAAUCGUUAUCGAAAACGUAACCCACUACGCCUACGGCCAGCAUGCAGACGGCGAGAUUGGCGUCUGGGUGGCCGGCCAGGCUGGAUGGUAUUCCAUCACCCCUGCCAAAGGCUACAAGCCAAUGUUCAACGACAUGGUCGAAGCCGUCGAUUUGCUGUACUUUUUAGUCGACCGACACCAGAGGAAGAAACGAAGGCGUCGCGGCGGAGAGCCUACUUUUGAAUAUUUGUGUGAAGAGUAUGUUGGCCAUACGCAUGGAAUUUGCGAGGAUGGUGACGACUCGGCCGAGGUUUUCAAUAAGCAUCAUAGCUUCCUGCUCUCCCAGAUGAUACAGGGACGGGAGGACGUGCAGUGGAACGAGACGGAAAUCUUCAAACAUCUUGCUAGGAAAUUUCGUGUUGGUUUCUUCACAUUGAGUUUAGGUAUGAGUUUGUGUGCUAACGAUGAGAAGGACGAAUAUGAACGCCUUCUGGCUUUACAACAGAGGACCGAUGACGACAGUUCCGCAAAAGCAGACACGCGCGCCAAUUCGGAUCCAGUCGAUAGCCACGACCUCUCUCGGACACAGGCGGAUACUUUAUUUGAUAUUAUUUCAGAGCUCAAAGAGGCUGGUGCCCUGGCCAAACGUCAGCUGACGCUCGACCUUGUUGCUAGCACCCUACGCCGUCGAUACGAAAUCGAUACAGACGAUCAUGCACGAGACAUUAUAGACGCCAAUGCUGUGUCUGUACUUGAGAAGAUGGAACAGUCCGACUUUGACUGGUCUAGAAAAGCCCUAUACCGGGACCUGAAACAGGCUUCUGAGAAAGAGGACAUCCGACAGAUGGCCAUCACUCCGCUCAGACCGCGUGUAGCCUCAGACGACGAUGAGUCGGAGCAAGAGAGCGACGAUGAAGACCACCCUCGAGCACGUAGGCGGCGUGUACGCAAGUCCGUUCUACGUCCGAAGCUUGCAUCAGUGUCCACCAAAAAGGCAGGCAAAAAGACCCGCAGCGCGGCUCGAGACAUGGAAAUCUCCGAUGACAACGACGAUGAUGACGAAGAAAGCGAUAUGGGCGAAAGCCUAGAAACACCCACCAAAUCACGCGGUCUUGACCUCGUGCGCGAUCCCCCGCCAUCUACUGCGCCCAGCACUAUCAAUGGACGGGCUCAUUCGAUCUUGUCCGAGGCGGAUUCACUCGCAAUCAGGAAAACUCCGUUGCAAGAAACCCACCAAUCCGGUAACCUCGCCGGCCCAGAUAUCACAAGCCUGCCCGAGGACACGUGGACAUGCUCUGUCCAAGGGUGUGGGAAAAUCAUACAUAAAGCUGGCUUGAAGCGAUCUAAAGAACUCAUACACGACCACACUCUUACGCACGCAGCCGAUACGCAGUCCAAGCUCGAUCUCGUCUUUGCGGAGCAUCGACUCAACAUCAACAUGGGUGUAGACAACUUGCUGAGCCGCAUCCGAGAAUUUGGUGGUGUAGAUGGAGAGGCACUAGAGGAGGAGAUUGCGGCCAAGAGAAUUCGCCGGUGA